AUCAGCUAGCUUUAGACAUCACAUCCGUUAGGUUCCCAUAACAAUUUACUCUACUCCGUAACAUCGACGCUGUUCGAGCUCUUACAUACAUAUGUACUACCCUUCAACGGUUAAACCUGAAACAAACGGGGUUCUUGGCACAUUUGUGUGAUGCUAUGUCUACGAUGGUUCGAGGUCGCUCGCCAAACCACUCACCAUCACUUGACCCUGAUCCCGAGCAAGCUUCAACCCCAAUGAGACGCACGAUGUCCCCUCGUUCAGAGCCCAGACCCAGGAGCGAGCGAAGCGCAUCAUUUGAUCAUGUUAAUCGCAACGGUUACCGCUCCAAGAGCCGAUCUCGCUCUGUUUCGCGAUCAAGGAUGCUGUCACGAAGCCGAAGCCGAAGCCGAAGCCGAAGCUGGAGUAGUCGGAGCCGCAGCCGCAGUCGAGGUUCCCGACGGUGUAGAGACAGAAGUUAUAGUAGGACUCCUAGCCCUUCAGAUAGCCUGCCAAGGAGCUCAAAGAUUGUUGUUGAAAAACUCACAAAGAAUGUAACGGAGUCACACCUUCGAGAAAUAUUUGGGAGCUUCGGGGGAAUAGACAGCCUGGAUCUCCCUAUGAACAAAGCUUUUAUGACAAAUCGAGGAACAGCAUAUAUACUUUACAACGACCCGGCGGAUGCAGAGGCGGCUAUUGCACACAUGCACGAGGCCCAGCUCGAUGGGGCUGUGCUUAAUGUUUCUAUUGUUCUUCCCCGAAGAGCAUUUUCCCGAUCACCACCACCCCAGAGCGGCAGGGCAAGCUUCGGCCGUCAAAGGCACAGCCGUGGACAGCUACCAGACUCUCGUUAUUCUCGCCCUUCUCCCUAUCCCCCCAGAUCGCCUCCCCAUCUGAGAAGGUUCGGUCGCACUAGGCCCAUGGAAAGACACGACCUUUAUCGCCCACGGUCUUUAUCUCGAUCACGAUCGCCACGUCGCUCUCGAUCAUCGGAACUCAGGUCAGCGUCCCCACCGAGGAGGAGGGGACAGCUGCGCUCUGGCAGCCCGCGACGUGGUAGGCGCCGUAGUCCUAGUUAUAGCAGCUAUGACUACAGCAGCCACAGUGACAGAAGUAGAAGCCCCAGCAGGAACAGAGGCCCUAGUCGAUAUGGUCCGCAAAGGAGGUGAAUGGCGUAGAGCCACAAGACGAGCUUUCCAACUUUCUGCUCACUGGAUUCUUUCUCUAGGAGCUCUAGGGGGUUGAGCAAGUAUUGGUAACAUUGUAUUUAUGUAAUAGUACAAAGAGUCAGUUUAAGGUCUAUGUGCGGGGCAUAAUUA